CCAUACAACAAUAUUCCCCCUCAUUCAAAUCACCACAGCAUAGCUUCACUGUGAUGAACUCAAUAACGAGAUCAAAUAAUCCAUUUCCGCCAGUAAGUAGCAUCUUUCACCACACAAUCUCAAUACUAAACGACUUGAGUAAUAUCAUGCGACUUGUUUUGCUUUUGGUGUUGUACAAUUCACAACUAGUGUUCGGGUGCGCUCACGCGGAAAGUGCAACAUGCCCAACAUUGCCAGGAAACAACUCACACGACAGUGUUGUAGCACUGAUCCUGGCACGAGGAGGGUCCCGUGGAAUCCCGCUCAAGAACCUUGCCGUAAUCGAUGGACAUCGAACACUUCUCAGCCGAGCGCUGCACACCGUCCUCGGAAGUGGUGUAUUUCAAUCGAUUUGGGUUUCCACCGAGGAUGACCGAAUUGCCGAGGCUGUUGAACGCGAAUUUCCCAACAGCAGUGAUGUGCGGGUUCACCGUCGUCCGAUGGAAGUGGCUUUGGAUCAUACCAGCUCCAUCGAAUCGGUGCGACAAUUUUUAGAUCAACAUGCGUGGGCGCAGAACGUUGCGCUAGUGCAGUGCACUUCUCCGUUUCUGAGGGUUGAGUACUUGAGAGAAGCCUUGCGUCGAUUCAGGCUUAUGGACGCGGAUUGUGUUUUUAGCGUUACGAGAAGCUUCAAGCUGCGAUGGAAGAUCGGAAUUGACGGCAAAGUGGUGGCGUUAAAUUUUGAUCCCGGUAGGCGUCCACGACGUCAGGAUUGGAACGGCGAGCUGGUGGAGACGGGGAUGUUCUAUUUUGCAAAAAGGAAACUUACACUGGAAGGUUAUUUUCAGAAUGACAAUUGUGAAGUGGUUGUUAUAGACGAUAAGGACGCAAUGGAAAUCGAUACUCCUUACGAUUUGUGGUUGGCAAGGAAGAUAUUGGAAUAAAUGACAAAUAAUGUUUAGGCAACUUUUGUUUGUUCUUUUGACCACAUGGUCAACAAUUCCAUCAAUAUUGAAACCGUAUUGCGCACUCGAUUAUUAAUGAUGCAACUAUUUAAAACUGAAUCAAAUAGUAAGUGUAUAGUUUUACAGGAGAGCGCAAUAACCUAGCGAGAAUACCUGUCGGCUCCUCUCCCACAGUAGCACUAAAAGAAAUGUGCAGUGCAUAUCA